ACUACCGGUACAAGUAUCCACGUUUGGCUCCAGCAACGAGGAGAAAGUUGAGGGGCAACAGAUCUCGAGCAAAAGAAGUACGGUAGCGGUGCUGUACCAUCAAUUCAUCGUGGGGGAGCAAGAGGCAAAGUGGCGACGUUCGGUCCGGGUUUCGUUCUGCGGUUGCUUCGGGAAGCAACGACGUUUGACCUGGGUUUGGUUGCCUCAGUUGCUUCCAGAAUCCAGAACAGCACACAUCAAAAAGAAGAGAGCACGGAGAAGAAACAAGCAUCAUGGAGACCGCCAAAGAGCAAAUUCGCCUCACUAUAACGAAUGGGGUACAGAGCAAGCCACUCGUGAUGCAAGCUAGCAAAUGCACCAUCGCACAGCUCCUGAAGGAGGGAAAGAACAAAUUCCGCAAAAAGUUCCAGUACGUAGCCUACGGCGCCCAAGCGGUGCAGACCGAAGCCGAUUUGUUGAUGGUUCUGGAGAACCGUGAAGGCCCAUUGACCUUGUUGUUGACCAAUACAGAGCCAAAAGGCUCGGAUGGACCAUUGGUGGUAGCCAAAAAGGCUAGAGGAAUAUCCUACAUUGUGGCCAAUGAAGAUUCCAUUGAAUCGGAUGCAGAAGCACAGCUGAAGCUCGCGUCGGAAUUGGACGGCUGCGUCUUUGCCAUUGGUAUGCCGGAUCUCCACCCCGGAAAGGGUAUUCCGAUUGGCGCCGUGGUCAUGACGCAAGAAAAGAUUGCCUACCCGCAAUUAGUGGAUAACGAUAUUGGUUGCGGAAUGAGCUUCAUCGAGACUACAUUGGCACAAGACAAACUGAACAUCAACAAGCUACAAAAGCUGGCAAGUUCUCUGGAGAGUAUAGACUGUCCCUAUGCGUCCCCGGAAGAGCAAAUGGAAAUGUGCAGCAAGAAGCUUGCAUGGGGCCCCAACAAAACCACCUUGGAGCCGCUUCCCCCACUACCAGACAGGUAUCACUACGACAACCUUGGCACCAUUGGUGGUGGCAAUCAUUUUGCAGAGCUACAACAGUUUGAUGAAAUCUUUGAUGCAAAAGGGAUUGAACAGUACGGCAUUGAUACAAAAAAGGUUCACCUCUUGGUUCACAGUGGUAGCCGUAGCCUUGGAGCUUUCUACCUCAGAGACUUUUGUGACAAAGCAAUGAAGGAAAGCACUGAUCACCAAAGCGGUCAUUACGGUGUAGCGACAGAUUCGCAACUCUUUCAUGAGUAUCACGCAAACCAUGAGAUUGCCCUGAACUACGCGGCUCGCAAUCGCCAGCUCAUUGCUCGGCGACUACUGGAGCAGAUUACACCUGGCAUAACGCAGCAACAGGAGGAAGAGCCCUCAGAGCCCUCGUUUAAUUGCAGGAUUGACAUUUUCCACAACUACAUGGAGAAGCUUGAGGUUCCGUCCAUCGAUGCCAUGUCCAAAAUUGCAGCUCAGGGGCAAUUUCCCAAAUCCAUUGCGCCAGCACUCAACGAUAGCAGCGAGGAAGCUGUAGCGGGCUGGAUUCAUCGCAAGGGAGCCACGCCCACCAACCAAUCCAAGGUACUGGUGAUUCCUGGCUCUCGAGGGGCGCUUUCGUACCUGGUCGAGGUCAACGAGGGCGCGGCGCACGGAAGCGGAUACAGCUUGGCCCAUGGGGCUGGUCGUUGCAUGAAUCGGUCCAAAGCGCUGGCAAAACACAAGAAUCAAUACCCCAAUGCACGGCAACUUCUUCAGACAACUUGGGAAGUGUUGUCGUUUGUGACAAGAAAGAUUUGGUGUAUGAAGAGGCACCGGCUUCCUACAAGGACAUUGAUGGAGUUGUGAAGUGCUUGUCGGAAGGCGUCUUGGAUGAUCAGGGGAGGGGCAUUGUGAGGAUACUCGCGACAUUGAGGCCUCUCCUCACCUACAAGUAUAAGGAUCCAUACAACUAAAGAUGAUAGAGUCGAGUCAACGACAAUAGCACCGCCUU